UCUCGCGACUGAAGGCGUUGAGAGUCGCUGUGAAUGGCACGAACGUGAAAAACAUAAUAAUCUCAUUGGGAAACGACCGCCCUCUCUUACGUCAAUUGCUCACACACAUUGCAUCGCAUAAAAUGACUACCAGAUUUACGGGGAUCAAAUUGGGACCGCCCAUCGAGGUUUUCGCGCUGCAAAAGACGUUCGUCGACGACGCUCAUGACAAUAAAGUCAGUUUAAUUAUAGGAGCUUAUCGCACUAGUGAGGGCAAACCAUGGGUCCUGCCAGUUGUAAGGAAGGUAGAGAAGUUACUCGCCGCUGAUGAGCUACAGAAUCAUGAAUAUUUACCAGUUCUUGGUUUAGAUGCGUUUAGCGCAGCUGCUACAAGUAUGUUAUUAGGCCCAAAUUCUCCUGUCAUUGCCCAAGGCCGUGCUUUCGGCAUCCAGUCGCUCUCUGGUACUGGUGCAUUGCGGGUUGCUGCUGAAUUUUUGAGUCGUAUUUUGCAUUAUGAUACUUUUUACUACAGCAUACCUUCCUGGGUAGAAAACCAUAAGCUGGUGUUUAUUAAUGGAGGAUUUAAGCACGCACGCGAAUAUAGAUAUUGGGACGAGAAGACCCGUGGUGUCAAUCUAGAAGGAAUGCUCGAUGACUUGAGAGAUGCUCCGGAAAACGCUAUAAUUAUUUUGCAUUCGUGCGCGCACAAUCCCACUGGAUGCGAUCCAACUCCGGAACAAUGGACUAAAAUAGCAGACGUGAUACAGGAGAAACGACUCUUCCCAUUAUUCGACAGUGCAUAUCAGGGCUUCGCAAGCGGAGAUUUAGAUAAGGACGCGUACGCCGUACGAAUGUUCGCCGAACGUGGGAUUGAAUUCAUUUGCACGCAGAGCUUCGCGAAAAAUUUUGGACUGUACAACGAAAGAAUUGGAAAUAUAGUCUUUGUGUUGGCUGACACGAAGGAACUAGUCGAAGUCAAGUCCCAAUUGACGUUAAUUAUUCGAGGGAUGUACAGCAAUCCUCCUAAUCAUGGUGCUCGAAUUGUUGCGACAGUAUUGAAGAAUCCAGAACUCUAUGAAGAAUGGAAAGACCAUAUUAGAACAAUGUCCAAUAGAAUUAAAGAUAUGAGAAAAGGCUUGCAUCAGAGAUUGCUGAAACUAGGCACUCCAGGUACUUGGGAUCAUAUUGUCCAGCAAAUUGGAAUGUUCUCAUAUACAGGACUUAAUGAAAAACAUGUGCAGCAUCUGAGAGAACAUUAUCACAUCUAUAUGUUACGCAGCGGUCGUAUAAAUAUGUGCGGACUUAACGAAUCCAAUCUAGAUUAUGUGGCAAACGCGAUCAAUGAAACGCUAAAGCUCUUCCCAGAAGGACAGAACGAUUGUACGUGUUAAAUUAAGACUUCAUGGUACUCAAAGUACAAAUUAACAGUCAAACCUUUCAACAUUGAAAAUACGGCAAUAAUUUGUACAUAACAAAAUUCGAUCCGUUUAGUUCGAAGACGUGAUUAUUUUCGAGUAAUAUCGAAAUUUAUUACAUGCAAUUAUGCAUUUUCUGUCUUCAUAUUCUAUUUUGAGACCGAACUGUUUAAGAUACAGUUAUCCUUCCUGUGGUAAAUUAUUUUUCUUUGUUUUUUUUUUCUUAUUUUCCCUUUUUUCAUUGAAAAAUUUUACAAGACAAAAGUACAAAACUCAAAAUAUUGCAAAGUAUUACAUAAUGCCAAAUUUUGUAUUUAUAUUAUGUCAUGUCACAUCACAACAUGAGACUUCUUUUAUAUAUAUAU